AUGGGCACGAUAAACCAAGGAAUCAGUUUGUUCGAUGAACCUCAAAACAUCAUAAACCCUAAUAGUACUAACCAUCUAGGUUUUUUCUUCUCUUUCCCUAAUCACACAUUAUCUUCAGCAUCUUCUUCCCUUUCCUCUUCGUCUUCUCCUUCUUCUCUCGUGUCUCCAUUUCUAGGUCAUCACUCCUUAAACUCUUUCCUUCACAACAACUCCUCCUCCUUCGUAACUUAUCCCCAAGACUCCAUCAAUUUCAUGGCGAAUCUCCCUGAAACCCUGAUCUCGUCUUUGUCCUCAUCAAAGCAAAGAGAGGAUCAUGAUGGUAUUGUUAAUCUUGAUCGUCAUCGUCUUACCAGUGGUAUAUCAUCCCAAAGUCCACCUACAAAUCCAUGGGCAUGGAGUAGUCAAACAGGAUACGGUUACAGCAAGAAAAACAACCGUGGAAGCGAGAUUGAUGUAGAUGAUAAUGAUGAUGAUGGUGGUGAUGAUGGUGGUAUUAAUGAUGAGGAUCAUCAUCAACAUCAUGAUACUCCGCGUCAUAAACAUAACACGACGUCGUUAGGAGUGGUGUCUACCCUGAAGAUGAAGAAGCUUAAGACAAGAAGAAAAGUGAGGGAGCCUCGGUUUUGCUUCAAGACACUUAGUGAUGUUGAUGUCUUAGAUGAUGGAUAUAGAUGGAGAAAAUAUGGCCAGAAAGUUGUCAAGAACACUCAACAUCCCAGGAGCUAUUACAGAUGCACACAAGACAAGUGUAGGGUAAAAAAGAGAGUGGAGAGAUUAGCAGAAGAUCCAAGAAUGGUAAUCACUACUUAUGAAGGAAGACACCUUCACUCUCCUUCUAAUCAUCUGGACGACGACUCUCUCUCCUCCCAUCACUCUCCUCUCUCCAACUUCUUCUGGUGA